GUUGACAGUCACCAUCUUUUAGCCACCGCCUUGAUGACCGAGAUCAGGGGAUCAAAAUCGAAUCCAUCUCUACUGGUCUCUAGAGGUAUUGCUCCCAAGUGAGUUUAGCGUCAGUUGGUUUACCAGGGCAGGGCGGUGGCAGAAUUUCACGAGUUCCUGAGAAUCACAAUUGCUCCAACUUUUUGUCUAGAAGUAUUCCAACCCUGUUCAGACUCCGUAGAGGGCGAGAGCUGCUUCUCUGAGUCCUUCGCUCACGAUGCUGAAAUCUACUUACCGUACCGCUGCUCCAGCCCCCGAGGAACGACCUCUACCACCAGGGUGGACUGAACACAAAGCCCCGACCGGACAUACCUACUACUACAAUGCAGAAACCAAGCAAUCCACAUACACCAGGCCCACUGCUCCCUCCGAGGAGCCCCUUCAGAUCGACUAUGGCGCCACUGAACCCGAUCAUGUCAUGCGCGCAUCGCUGCAGGCAAUGGAAGAAUUCCAAAGGAAUACGCAAGGAGCAGGUCACUUCACUGGCGGGAGAAGUUACCAAGAACAUUCCCGCCGAAGGGGGAACCAGGGAGACAGACCGAAGUCAAAGGCGCCUAUCCCUGAUUGCCCGCCGUGGGUUCUCGUCAAGACGAAGCUGGGCAGACGGUUCGUGCACAAUGCAGAAACCAAGCAGAGUUUGUGGAAAUUCCCGCAGGACGUCAUGAUGGCGGUCAUCGAGAUGGACAGGCAGGAGUGGGAGGCGAAGAAGAAAGCUGAGAGUCAGCCACCAGAGCCACAGACUACGCGGGCCGAAGAGGUCGAGACAAGGGCAGAAUCCACGGUUACAGACCAACAGCCUCGAGCAGGGCCAGCUCGAGAUGUCCAGGAUUACGACAGCGAUUCCUACGAAGAAGUCGAAGUCACUGACGACGAAGCCGACGGUGACCAAGAAAAACUCGCUAAACGGCCGCGCCUCUCAGCAACCCCUCCACCAGCCGGUCCGGUCGAAUUCAAUGAAGACGAUAUUGCCUGGCAACUUGCCGCCAUGGAAGAAGACGCGUAUUCCAACCCUGAGCACUCCGACCACCACUCUGCAGACGAGGAUGAAGGCCUUCCCCUAACCUCUGCCGACAAUACUGCCCUCUUCCGCUCCCUGCUAGACGACUCGGGCAUAUCUCCAUAUUCGACGUUCGAAAAACUGAUCGAAGACCUUGCCAUAGUCGAGGACGAGCGAUGGGUCGCUUUGCCCAACACCACGUCCCGCCGCGACGCCUUUGCAUCGUGGUCGAGAGACCGCAUCGCCGAAAUACAAGAGCGUAAAAAGAUAGAAUCCUCGUCCAAAAAGCCGCGGGACGCCAAAGUCGAGUAUCUGCGCUUCCUGCACAAGCACGCCACGCCGAAACUGUACUGGCCCGAGUUCAAGCGCAAGUUCAAGAAAGAGGCCGAGAUGCGGGAUAGUGCGUUGCAGGAUAAAGACCGGGAGAAAUUGUACCGCGAACUUGUGGCGAAGUUGAAAACGAGUGAGAACGAGCGGAGGAAGGAGCUUGUCUCGCUUCUCAAGGGGAUGGACAGGACGAACACGAACCGAGAUCUGAGUCUUGAUGAGUUGCCGGAUAGCGUGGUGAGGGACGUCAAGUUCUAUACGAUCGAGCAGGGCAGGCGGGAUGAGCUUGUGAGGACGUUUCUCGAGACGCAAUGAUACCGAAUUCUGAACCGCUAUAAGAAGUUGAGAUUUCGCGAGGUCGCGAGGACGAGGUAUAAUGAAUGUAUGCAGUUUACGAGGAUCAACACACGAUGAACCCCGUAUUAUGUUAACUGCGAUUGAACCGCC